UUAGAUGAAUUAACUGUUUAGGAAUGCAUGCAUGAACACAAAAUCUCAACAGGAAAUUAGAUUGUGCACAGUUGUGCCAUUUUAUUUGAUAUGACAGAUACCAUUGGAUGAAAAGAUGCAUUUACAGAUUAUUUUGGUGUUUGCCAUCACGUUCGUCUUAGACUAUAGUGCUGAUGCACAGUCAGAGAAGUGUCUUUUGCCAAGCGAGAGAGCUGCAAAAUUUUCAAAAAAACCUAAAUCAACAGCCUUCCCACAGACAGACUUCGAUAAUUUCAUGAAGAAAUUAAGGUUUAGGAGGGGUAGAUUGCGUUCUCUGAAUAAUAAAAUAGAAAAAGCUUGGAAACUAGCAGACCGAUAUUGUAGAAAGCCAACAUUUACAUCUACGUUUGCUGGAUUCAAAAUAAAAGACUUUGAGAAGACUAUACUGUGUCCAGGAAGUUGGACCAAAGCACAGUUUCCCGAAAAUUUUAUCGCUGAGAAUGGGAUGGCAUGCUGGACUCUCAAGAACUUUCUGAAGAUCCCUAAUUGUCCUACAUAUAAUUGUGGAAGUGGAAAAUGUGCCCUUGGUGAAGAUUACCCGGAUCCCAAGGCUGUUCCUGUAGUCAAGUAUAUUUGUCAACUAUCCAAUUUUGUAGACAUUCCAUUUUACGCUGUCUGUAAAAGCGGUACCAAAAUCGACGUCGUGAAAGAAGUUUUAACAGUAUCACGCUGUUGUGGGUGUAGUCAAUUAACGUGUAAACAUACUACGUAAUAAA